AUGACCAAAACGGUGCUCCUGAAAUUAUUGGUAACAAUCAUAAUUAUGUUCAUUUUAAUUCUGCCAGAGUACUUCCAGUCACCCGAAGGACCCAUCGUGGCGCUCUCCUGUUCAGACACGUGUGCGCUAAACAACUCGCCUCCUUCACUCUCCUCGUUCAAUAUUUCCUUCCCGAGGAUCCUGCAGUGGGGAACGGGGAAUCAGACUGUCGUUCUGGAGAUCUUUAUCAACCGGUCCUUCUGGCCGACCUCCGCUCUCGCCUGCCAAGUGGCUCCCCGGCCAUCCCUCACCUGCCCAUCCUGUCUGCUUUGUGACUCCUCAGGGCCCGGGGGCCGGGCUCAGGCACUGCCCUCACCAGCUGCCGUGGGGAGCGUCUCUCUGGAAGCCAAAGGAGACGAUCUCCCUUCUUGUGAACAAUACAACGUCCCCGUGGGCCCGACCAGAGAGGGCCCGGAAGAUCCCAGGCCUCACUGCAGAGUAGAAAUCUGGAUGGGAAAUGCCCCUUUCGGGAGGAGAGAGCCAGCUCAGGGCAGUGAGGGCAAUCCCUCGUGCUCUGGGAUGGGCCACUUGGACAGCUGCAGACAGAUUUCUCUGCAGCUCCAAAUGGGCGGCUCCACCCUCCCAGGGAAGAUCACCUUGUAUGUUUUAGUUCUGCUCGUGUGCAUGGUUUUGGUCAUCAUCGUCACCUACAAGGUCUUCCAAGGGAACCAGAAAGGCUGCCCAAGGCCCAGAUCAGCGGGCUAUGCUGCACCCGAGGCCCGACGGGAGAGCGACUCUGCGGAGCAGGGAGAAUUGCGUGGCCGGACCCUCUCAGAGACUGACUGGCAGCACGAAACAGCCUUCACGCCAGCCAGAGACACGCUACCGCCAAUCCUGGAGCUGGAGGCCUAUCCCACGGGCUCUCCCAAGACUGUGAGUGACUCCCUGAGACCAUGA